CGAGUACCCGGUGCCUGGGACAGUGUAGAAAUUUGAGUUUGUUGGUCGUUUCAGUUUUCUGUUAGACAUGCGUUUGGUAAUUCUAGACACAGCCACUGAUGUAUCAGAGUGGGCUGCCAAGUUUGUUAGAAAUAGAAUUCUACAGAAGAAACCAGGACCUGGGAAUUACUUUGUUCUUGGGCUUCCAACAGGUGGGACCCCAAUGGGAAUGUACAAGAAGCUGGUAGAGUUUCACAAGAAGGGUGAACUGUCUUUCAAGUAYGUGAUAACCUUCAAUAUGGAUGAGUAUGUAGGCCUGCCAAGGGAUCAUCCAGAAAGCUAUCACUCUUACAUGUGGGAAAACUUUUUCAAGCAUAUUGAUAUUGACCCAGAACAUGCCAAUGUACUGGAUGGKAAUGCUAAAGACCUUACCAAGGAGUGUGAUGAAUUUGAAAGGAAGAUAAAGGAUGCUGGGGGAGUUGAUUUGUUUGUAGGAGGUAUUGGUCCUGAUGGUCACAUUGCAUUCAAUGAACCUGGAUCAUCUCUCAAGUCUCGAACUCGYGUUAAAAGUCUUGCCAAAGAAACAAUAGUAGCAAAUGCACGRUUCUUUGACAAUGACAUCAACAAAGUUCCCAAGAUGGCUCUCACUGUUGGUGUUGAYACAGUCAUGGAUGCRCAUGAGGUGAUGAUCCUUAUCACRGGUGUGGCCAAAGCAUAUGCAUUACGUCAUAGCAUAGAGGAAGGUGUCAAUCACAUGUUUACAGUAUCUGCCUUUCAGCUUCACCCUAGAACUAUCUUUGUGACGGACGAAGAUGCCACUAUGGAACUGAAGGUACGAACUGUUAAAUACUUCAAAGGUCUAAUGGACGUCCAUAAUAAACUAGUGGAGCAACCAGAAGACCCYACWGCACCCCCCUCAGCAAAGCGUUUGAAGUCACCUGUAAAUGGGAAGUGAGCCUUUUGUGUGAUAGUAACAUUGGUUGKGGGAACAAUGGCAUAUCUUAAACAAUUCAGGAUGAGGGGUUAUGAAAGGAUUUGGGGGGAGGGGAGGGGGUAGAAGUUUGCUUGGACAUUCCAAUAUGGCAUAUCUCUCAUCCAAAUGGACUGUUAUCUGUGCCUAAAAUAAAUAAAUUUUGUAUUUGUAAUUCUAAAACUGUACUGAGUUGAAUACUUGUGUUAUAUUGAACUUUUGUGUAAUACUUUAAAAAAACUCAUUGUAAUAAUACAAUAUUAUUGUGUGAAUCAA